AUACAUCUGAAUAUUACGCCAUAAUUCAGUCCACAGCUAAACUGGUAGAUGGUUCCGGAGUGUGUUCCAGCAUGCGUGUGUUGCUCUGUGACAGCUAGCGUGGGCCUCUGUCUAGAAAGGCUCGACUUAUAAACCUUCUCCUCGUCCUGGACACCUGAGGAACAUGGCGAGCAGCACCAACGCAAGUGCCACCCGCACAAGGCGCACCACCAUGAGGGGCGCCACCAUCAAAACCCCCGAACAGAAAACGGCGCCCACCACACCACCACCACACAGUCACUGGCCCACCCCUCCCACUCCGCGCUGCCUGUUUAGCCCGCGCUGGGCCGCCCGUUCUCCAGCAGUGAAGGGGAAUGAGGAGAAGGCGCGCAUGUCCACUCUGCCCAUCUGCCGCCUCCUCUCCUCGGGGUUUGAGUCUGACUUAACCCUAACCUUCAAAGAUGGCAUUCCUGAUCUCAAGGUCCAUCGCAUGGUGCUGGCGAUGCAUUCUCCGGUGUUCAGACGUAUGUUGAGCCGAGACUGGGGCGAUAGAAAUGAGAUAAAGAUGAAUGACGACUUCACGGCGACCUACUGGCUCAUGCACCACCUGUACUGCGGGCUGCGGUACCUGCGCAGCUGGGACGUGGCCCUUGAGGUCCUCUACAUGGCUGAUGCAUACUGCAUACCCACCGCUGGCAGGCUGGCCACGGAGGUGUUGAUGCGUCACUUGGACAAGAGCACGUUCUGGAGCAUCUUUCAAGUGGCGGCGCACCUGUCCAAUGAACGACUCCUAAGCGCGUGUGACCAGUACCUGGAGGAGCACACGGACGACCUGCUGGAGUCCUUUCCCACCAUCAGCAGAGUCGCCGCCCUCCGCGUCCUCAGCUCCCCGUCCUUCAAACCCUCGUCUGAGAUGCGCGUGUUCACCAGUCUCAUAAAGUGGGGAAGGUAUCAAAUACCUGAAGGAGAAAAGUUGCAAGCCACGUCCACCAAAGGGUCUCGACCUCUACCAUCCACCUCUAGCUCCACCUCCUCACUCCACAAUGAGACCCGACCUCUACCAUCCCCCUCUAGCUCCACCUCAUCACUCCACAAUGAGACCCUAAACAAUCAGCAGCUUCGGGCCGAAUUGGAGGAGUUUCUGCCAGAAGUUCGCUUCCUUUCCAUGACUAUAACGGAGGUGAUAAGGGACGUGAUGAGCUACGAAGUCUUAACCUCGCAGGAAGGCAUAAUGCUGCUGCGGGUUAUGAGUGGCUGUCCGGACGCUAGCCUGCCGGACAUUGCCUCCUGCCAAAUAUCCUCGCCUAGAUGCAGGGCCAAGGUGGAGGAUGUAGUGCAGGGUGUGGGGAGGGGAAAAGGAAACGGUAGCGGUACUGUUGGUCCUCGAGCGUCGUCAGCCAUGGGAGUGAGAGGAGCAGCGUCGAGGAGAUGGUUGUAGCACCAGUAGGGCGACACUCUCGGCCUCCCACGCCGCUCGGGACUGCAGUAGUUGGAGUGUUUUAGACUCCGGUAGCUGGUGUGUAUCUUUUUUGAUAUUGACGGUUUUAGAAUCUGUGCUAUGUGUUUUUCUUUUAAUAUUGACAGUUUUAAAAUCUGUGCUUCCGUGAUUUUUAUUUUUUCUUCUUGUGUAUCGUUUGUGUGUUUAUACGUACGUGUGUGUAAGAAAGGAAGCAUGGUGGUGUGUAUAUGAGCAAUUAAGAGUGUGCUGGCGUAACUUAAUGCAUUUUACAGUAGUAUAUACGUCCUUUUCAUUAAAGCUAUGGAUGUAAUAAACUGUACCUGAUAUUA